AUGGAUCGUCAUCUCCUCACUUGUCGUGCGACCCAGCUCCGGAGUGGCCUCCUGGUGCCCCUGCUUCUGUUAAUGAUGCUAGCAGACCUGGCGUUCCCGGCCCAACGUCACCCCCCGGUGGUGCUGGGUGAGACUUGCGUGCGGCGGGACGCUACUAACUGGUUAUCUUCUCCUGACAGGCUGGUUUACAACAGAACAACUCGGGCCACCCAGUUUCCUGAUGGUGUGGAUGUGCGUGUCCCUGGCUUUGGGGAAACAUUCUCUUUGGAGUUCCUAGACCCCAGCAAAAGGAAUGUGGGUUCCUAUUUCUACACUAUGGUAGAGAGCCUUGUGGGCUGGGGCUAUACACGGGGCGAAGAUCUCCGAGGGGCUCCCUAUGAUUGGCGCCGAGCUCCAAAUGAAAACGGGCCCUACUUCUUGGCCCUCCGAGAGACGAUCGAGGAGAUGUACCAGAUGUAUGGGGGCCCCGUGGUGCUGGUCGCCCACAGCAUGGGCAACAUGUACACGCUCUACUUUCUGCAGCGGCAGCCUCAGGCCUGGAAGGACAAGUAUAUCCAUGCCUUCAUUUCACUGGGUGCGCCCUGGGGGGGCGUGGCCAAGACCCUGCGUGUCCUGGCCUCAGGAGACAACAAUCGAAUCCCUGUUAUUGGGCCACUGAAGAUCCGGGAGCAGCAGCGGUCCGCUGUCUCCACCAGCUGGCUACUGCCAUACAACUACACCUGGUCACAUGAGAAGGUAUUUGUGCACACACCCACAACUAACUACACACUCCGUGACUAUCGCCGGUUCUUCCGGGACAUUGGAUUUGAGGAUGGCUGGUUCAUGCGGCAGGACACAGAAGGGCUGGUGGCAGCCAUGACGCCACCUGGGGUGGAGCUGCACUGCCUCUAUGGGACGGGUGUCCCCACACCGGACUCUUUCUACUACGACGAGAGCUUCCCCGACCGUGACCCGAAGAUCUGCUUUGGUGACGGUGACGGCACUGUGAACGUGGAGAAUGCCCUGCAGUGCCAGGCCUGGCAGAGCCACCAGGAGCACCGAGUGUCACUGCAGGAGCUGCCAGGAAGUGAACACAUUGAGAUGUUAGCCAAUGCCACCACCUUGGCUUAUCUGAAACGUGUGCUUUUUGAGCCUUGAGUCCUGUGCCAAGCAGGGCUGCUGGAUGGCUGGACCAUGGAGCUGCUCUUGGGCUCUGACUGUUUCAUGGCCUAGAAGCCUGGUAAAGUUCGUGACCAAUAUUUAAGGUCCUAGGUCCUAGGCUGUGAGGCAUCUGCCUCAGGGGAAUACUGUUUCUCAGCCUUCCUGUGUAUCCUGGCAGUGAAGAAGGAAGAGAGAAGUGUGGAUUCAAAGGACGUUUGAUGGAAAGAUUGCUGCUACUGAUGGACUGAGACCUCAGACUGGCUCUGUGGGCUGGCUUGGGUGACUCCUCACCCCAGUCCCCAGCUCGGGCCGCGCAGUCCUCCUCGUUCUCUGGCCUUUCUCCUCUAGCCCACUGGGCCCUAACCUUACUGUGAGGGAUGUUACUGAGCUGAGGUCCUGCCCUGGAAGGUUCCACAGUGACCCUCAGGUGACCUUCCCACACACUGGCUUCAGGUAGCCUACUGGCUGGGGUUGCUAGCUUCCCUGUGACCUCACCUGUGGAUAUCCUGAGUGUGGCCUCCUGGAGGCAGUCCAGCACCCCUGCAGGCAGGGCGGUUUGUUGUGUUCUCCAUAAUUCCUCCUGGGAUAUUUAGACUCCGCUCCUACCUCUCACCUCUGGCGGCAUUCUACUCCUAGUUCUGGAUUGGGCAGCAGAGGGCCUCUCAAUUCUGGCGGCCAUGCCCUGGGAUUUCUGAUCUCCUUGGUUGUGAUGUGGAUCC